AUGUCUUUUGAUCAGGAUAUUGAUGGCUAUGAUGCUGAUACUAGCAUAUCUUUUUCAGACAGUCGUUCCAGCACACCGAAGAUGACACCCUCAGAUGAUAUGUUUGUCAACCCAGCAUACUGGCAUGCACAUCCAGAGAAAGAACACUUGAUCAGACAGCAACUGUUGCAUCACCCAAAUACUAUGCCUCCCUGGCCUGACGAGCCCGAAAGCGACCCACCCGAGCCAACACUGCAGCAAGUCUUCACCCCUCCUCGUGUGGAUGAUCCUGAAAGUGUUACCGAGCCUGAAAGCGACCCACCCGAGCCGACACUGCAGAAAGUCAUCACCCCUCCCUCGUGUGGAUGA